AUGGUUAGAGCGUUUGAUCGUAUUUAGAGCAUUCAGAAAUCGAGAUCCUUUCAUCUGAAGAGAAUGUUUGAGAAUCCAGGGCGACCAGCUCAGAGUUUGGUCGUUGACGAUGGGAAAGAUGAAGGAACUCCUGAUUCUCAAUCAAGAACUCAUGGCAUUGGCCGUCCAAUGGAGUACAAAUAUCUAGGAUCUCCUCUUGAUCGCCACAAGAGUCCAACUUCCAACUCGCCUAAGCCUCCAAGUCCUUGCGACAAGCAAUGUCCAGUUGUUACAGAUUUGGAGCAAAUGAAGGAAAGGUUUGCUAAGCUGCUUCUAGGUGAAGAUAUGUCCGGUGGUGGAAAGGGAGUUUCAUCAGCUUUGGCACUGUCAAAUGCCAUCACAAACCUUGCUGCUUCUGUUUUUGGAGAACAAUCAAAAUUGGAACCUAUGUCUCCUGAGAGGAAAGCAAGGUGGAGGAAAGAAAUUGAUUGGCUCUUAUCUGUUACUGAUCAUAUUGUUGAGUUUGUUCCUUCUCAACACAAAUCCAAGGAUGGAGUCAAUAUGGAGAUUAUGGUCACACUACAAAGAAGUGAUCUCCUUGUGAACAUCCCCGCUCUGCGCAAGCUCGAUGCCAUGCUCAUUGAUCUUCUCGACCACUUUGGAAAAGAACAAGAAUUUUGGUAUGCCUCUAGAGAUGACAAAGAGUCUGAAAAUGAGGGCACUCCCCCAAGAGACGAUGAUAAAUGGUGGAUUCCCAAGCCCAAGGUUCCUCCAAACGGGCUUUCGGAUACAACUCGGAGAUGGAUGCAGUUUCAGAAGGAUUCUGUGAAUCAAGUAUUGAAAGCAGCUAUGGCUAUUAAUGCUCAAGUGCUAUCAGAAAUGGAGAUUCCUGAAAACUACAUUGAAUCACUUCCCAAGAAUGGAAAAACUAGCCUUGGAGAUUUGAUCUAUAAGAGCAUAACGGUAGAAUACUUUGAUCCGGAACAAUUCCUCUCGACCAUGGACUUGUCAACUGAGCACAAAGUGCUUGACCUGAAGAACAGGAUUGAGGCCUCUAUUGUGAUUUGGAAAAGGAAGAUGAACCAGAAGGAUGGGAAGUCUUCGUGGGGGUCGGCCAUAAGCUUGGAGAAGAGAGAACUCUUUGAGGAGAGGGCAGAAACCAUUUUGCUCAUCCUCAAACAGCGGUUCCCAGGACUCCCACAAUCCACACUUGAUAUAAGCAAGAUCCAAUACAAUGAGGACGUAGGACAAUCUAUCCUGGAGAGCUAUUCAAGAAUAAUAGAAAGCUUAGCCUUCAAAGUAAUAUCUCGGAUCGAUGAUGUUCUUUAUGCUGAUUCACUUGCUCAAUCUCAAGGUGCUUCCACAGAAUCCGAAGGAUCAUUAGAAGACACAGAAAAUCCGGAUUCUGAAGAGACACCAACAUCAAAAACACUCUCGGAUUUUAUGGGAUGGGACUUGGACCAAGCAUAUACGAAAAAAAAUAGCGGUACAGGCAAUGUGGAUUCCUACUUCAAAGGUGAAAAUGAUCAGAUCAUGUACACACCAGCCAAGAUCAAUGUGGCCCCAAAGAAAUUAUCUUAUUUAGAAAAGUUGGAGAAUUUGAGUGGACUGAGAAGUCCAACAGCUCGCCAUUGAAAUCUAUAAUGUAGAAGAAGUUGAAGAAGA